GAUGUUGGCAACUACUCCUCCAAAGCAGGCUCCAAGGAGUUUUCGGCUCUCGAGUGAAUUUUGACAUACUCUCUAUUGUAUACUACAAUCAUACCACUUUUAGCAGGUUCGAAACCAUUUAUUCCUGAGUGACGAAGAAUCUUUCAGAUCACUGAAAAACUUGCGACCGAGACGUAAAAAUAGGAUUAGGUCCCAGCGCUCUUACAACAUUCAAGAUGGCGGCUGGAGGGCCGAUCUCCGAUGCUGUGAUUGCGGCAAUGAGCACAGAACAUGGUGUAUGGCCCGACAAUGUGGAGCUUUAUGAACCCUGCAAAGAUAAUAUUCUUCUAACAGAUGCUGCAAAUUGCAGAGGUAUAGAGGCAUACCUUAGAUUUUGUGGAUUGGCCCAUGAAGUUAAGAGCAGAAGGAAUGCUGAGUUUAUGUCUCCAACAGGCAAUGUUCCAUUUUUGAGAGCAGACAGAGAUUUGAUUGGUGAUUUUCAAGGAAUAGUUUCAUUUGUUGAGGC